UGCCUGGUCGCACCGUAUAGAGGUUGUUGCUCUUUCGUAACCGUCAGUUAGUGACCCAGUGAUGUACUUCGAGAGUUCCAGCAUCUCUGAAAUGCAGAUUGUGUUCCGUGAUAGCCUGUUAACUCGUUUCGUCUGUGUACAAAAACGAAUCUGGAGAACAGGAGAGUCGAACAUUUUCAAACCGAUAGCGAGCCGCAUCUCACUUUGAGCUUCGUCAGGAAACGUUAAAAGGACCGAACAAACUUGGUGAUACAAUUUCAGAACAGGUAUGGCUGCCAGCGUGUCUUUUGCUUUUCUCAUGUGCAUUAUGUUGGUAACGUGCGCCUUGGCACGGCCAAUCGGUUGCCAGGACUCGGACCGCUCCUCAAGCCCCUUAGCCAGACUCAUGAGGAGAAGCGCGGCUAUCGCCUCUAGGCUCCGGCUCCUGAGGUCUUUGAGAGAACGCCGCUGGGCCAGGUCCUAUCCCAUCUGGAAGACCCUGCAUAGGGUACAGGAGCGCAACAUGGACAUCUCCCAUCUGCCGCCGCUGCCUUUGCCGGACACGGAGCAGCAUGCCCGGGACUUCGACCAGAUACGCGCGGCUGUGGAGAAGGACUCGGAAGGCAACAAGAACUCAUGGGUAGUCGGGGAUGUCUUUGAGGGGGGCAGCUGGGGCAGCAAGCCUGUCUUUUUCUCAGAAGUUCCAAACCCAGAAGAAGAGAAGGGUGCGGAAGUGGAGUCUGACCUGAACGAAGGAUGGGAUAAUGGCAACCCUCCCAUUGAGAACGAGGAUAAUUCGGAUGCGGAUUGGGGAGAGUAUAAAAAUCCAUACCUGGAUUGCAUUGACGAUAAUAUUGUUGGCAUCCCUUGUACGCGUGACAGUGAUUGCCGAGGAUGUACAGCAUAUCACUGCUCUGCCAGCACGAAUCACUGUGUGGCUGGCCCCAGGCCUCAUCUGAGUUUCAGUGGAUUUAUCUGAAUCACAUUUGCCUUUGCCAUCAAGAUUCAGAGGGUGCAAUUCCAAACUGUUUCUAUUCGUAUAUUUUUGAUGUACUCGCGGCUACUUCGUUCUCAACAACUUCUUGCGGUUUGCCUGAUGCAAUCCAGAUUCUCUUCUCUCGGCAUGCAUGGAUACAAAUUUUUAUUUCUCAAUCAACUUGAAGUUUGGCCGGUAGUGCAGAUUGCGGGACUACGACCCUUGACCGAAUGGAGAACCUCGCGGGCAGUGCUCCUUAUUUCUCGUGUAUAUCUUCACUACUGGAGCAAGGAACAACAGACAGUUUCCUUUGGCCUUGCAAACAGCUUUCGUUAGGAUACAUGAACACACAGAUAUACCCUGGACAAUAGGUGUAACGAUGUUUAUCUCGAUAGCUUGACAUUUAAAAAUGGCACAACUCCGAGUGAGUAAAAAAGGAAAUUGUGAUUUCUUACAGAGUGAGAUAAGUUAAGAACAUCCUUAUAUGACCUUCGCACGCCCCGUAACCAGCGAAAGUUUUUUCUUUGGAAUGUUUUCCUUACAUAAUUUGUUUUUCGGCAAACUUACGACCAUUAGUCAAAGCUUCCUACGCUUUGCUUUUCACGAACUUUAAGAUCUGCCAUUUGCCACAAAAUUCUCACUGUCGUUGUUUCGUGACUUUGGCAGGGACACUGAAGGUGUAAAAAAAGUCUGUUUUAUCUUUUUGAAAGGCUGGUUCAUUAUUUUACCCUAUAGAUGAAGGGAACUUCAAGACACCAACAUGGUCGUUUCAUCUGACCGUCCAAUUUGCUUCGAACUAAUAUCUCACCCCCCCUUGACCAUCAAUAAUUGCCAUUGUCCAUCCGCACGCCCCUUUGACCUAUAUGCCUCCAAUUACCCUCGAUUCUCCUCUAUAGUUUGUCUUUGAUAUCCAGGCAUUGAAUCAUAUCACCAUACACCAAUGCACUGAUUGAUAAUAACUCCAUCAAGCCCCACUCCCCCACUCAAGGUAAACGCGAGGUGUGCUGACUGAUUGCAACAAGAUAUCAACUGCGCAAUACUUGCAAUAACACGGCAUUAGGGUGGGCUUUGUUUUCCCGUCAAUUUUUAUCAGUUGGCAAAGUCCAAUCACCCCAAAUCAACAUGGCAUGUACUGCCGCUGUAUCUAACAACAUUGUUUAAUACUUGUUUCCAAUCUAAAGUGAGUGAUUAGACACCUGUUACUCAGAAGGACAUCCAAUGUAAAGUUUUCCUCGGUAUCGCUUAAUCCCAUUUGUAAUCCUGGUGUAUCAUAGCAAAACCCCACACUACGCAACUAAUCCAGAUUUUUAUCGAGAUGUCGACAAAACUAAUGUCAUGGAAUCAAAGCUUCUGUCCCAUCCACCAAAUUGUCAUUCAUCCAAUUGUAGUGUGCGACAAUGUUGUCAAAGACCUCAAAGCAUUCAAGCACACGAGCUUCAUCGCUCCGAAUUCCUAAUUGGGCUGCUCUCACAAGAAUGAAUUCCUAAUUGGGCCGCUCUAACAAGAAUAAACCCCAGCGCUUAUUUCACACACUCAUGAACUUAUUCUGAGAGAUCCUCUGCGUGAAAAUUGUUCGUUUUGUCUAUCACAGACACAAUGUGUGAGACAGCUUUAUAGAAAAUGUAAACUCUUUCUAUUUUGGCGUGAAACUACUCACAAUAUUUAUCGCGGAUUUGACUUAGGAAGGGAGUUUGGAAAUAACAUUCAGCCAGUCCUUUUUCCUUAAAUCUUAGACUUUUUCUCAAACACAGUAGCCAAAUACCAAGGUCAUUCUUUCUCCAAAGCUACUCCUGAAAAUCUCGGAUACGGAUAAAAUAUACAAACUCAGUUGCUGUUUGUGGUUUAGGAUUGAGGUGUUUAAAGUGCAAUGUAUUGAUGUUUUAUUACUACUGUAUACUCCUUUCUUGUCAGUUCAAUCUGAAUUAUGAAUUCUUGUUGAUUUGAAUUGUUUGUGCACGAUUAAUUGCGUAAAUUAAUUGCUAUGUGUAUUCCACACUUAAUACAGAAUAAAAAAAAAGCAAAAAAGGGUCAGGUUUGA